GGUUCAGUGUUCCUAUUUUCCCACUGAGCCCACUCGACUAACCUGAAACCCUAACUCAUGCUUUCGUGAUUCAGAGUGUUACAUCUCUGUUACCGUGCAAUUUCACUCAGUUUGGUAUAAAGUUACAGUAACUUAAUCGGUGAAAAUGGCGAUGGCUGGCUUGUACAGGCGGUUACUUCCUUCCCCGCCUGCGGUAGAAUUCGCUUCAUCUGAAGGAAAGCAACUUUUUCUUGAAGCCAUUCAAAAUGGAACAAUGGAAGGAUUUUUUAGAUUAGUUUCUUAUUUUCAAACACAAUCAGAGCCUGCGUACUGUGGAUUGGCAAGCUUAUCCAUGGUCUUGAAUGCUCUUGCUAUUGAUCCUGGAAGAAAAUGGAAAGGUCCUUGGAGAUGGUUUGAUGAAUCUAUGUUGGACUGUUGUGAACCUCUAGAAAAGGUCAAAGCCAGAGGUAUCUCAUUUGGGAAGCUUGUAUGCUUGGCUCAUUGUGCUGGAGCAAAAGUUGAAGCCUUUCAUACGAAUCAGAGCAACAUUGAUGACUUUCGCAAAUAUGUGAUGAGAUGUUCAGCUUCUGAUGAUUGUCAUAUAAUCUCUUCAUACCACAGAGCUGUUCUCAAACAAACUGGAACUGGUCAUUUUUCUCCUAUUGGUGGCUAUCAUGCUGGAAAGGACAUGGCCCUUAUUUUGGAUGUUGCACGUUUUAAGUAUCCUCCUCAUUGGGUCCCACUUACCCUUCUCUGGGAGGGCAUGAACUAUGCUGUCGAAGACACCGGACAACCUAGGGGGUUCAUGCUUAUAUCAAGGCCUCACAGGGACCCUGGUAUGCUUUAUACCCUGAGCUGCAAACAUGAGAGUUGGAUUAGUAUUGCAAAAUUCCUUAUGGAUGAUGUUCCCCUUCUACUAAAAUCAGACGACGUGAAGAAUGUUCACAAGGUGCUCUCAGUUGUAGUCAAUUCGCUUCCAUCUAAUUUUGGGGAUUUUAUCAAGUGGGUUGCAGAAGUCAGGAGGCGAGAGGAUGGUAGUCCAAGUUUGAGUGUAGAGGAGAAAGCUAGGGUUUCUAUUAAGGCAGAAGUAUUGAAACAGGUGCAGGAGACUCGGCUUUUUAAACAUGUCACUUCUUUUCUAUCAAAUUCUUGUUGUAGGCUGCCCUCUAUUUCAGGUCACGGAGACACUUUACCUGACAUUGCAGCAAAUGUGUGUUGCCAAGGAGCAGAAAUUCUAGGCGGGAAGCUCAGCUCAUCGGCAGUGUAUUGCUGUAGAGAAACAUGUAUGAAAUGCUUGAAAGCAGAGGGUGACAAGCCAAUCACAAUGGUCUGUGGGACUGUAGUAAAUGGUAACAAUGAACAAGGGGUUGAUGUUUUAAUUCCUUCUCCUCAAGGACCGUGUUGUGAUUGCUCUGGUCCAAGUAAGUACAUUGAGAUGCACCCAGCUAGCAGUGACGUGCUUACAGCACUGCUACUCUCGCUGCCAUCUACAACGUGGAUUGGCAUCAAAGAUGGGCAAGUCCUGAAGGAAAUACAUGAACUUGUUUCAAUUGAUAACCUUCCUACUUUGCUGCAAGAAGAGGUUUUGCACCUAAGAAGUCAGCUUCAUAUGCUAAAGAAAUGUCAAGAGAACAAGGCAGAUGAAGAUCUUGCUGCGCCUGUCUCCUAG